AUGGAGCUGCUCACCUACUCGACGCACUUUGGCCUCUGUCUGGCCCUCUUCCUGCUGACCUGCUUCGCCGACAAGCGACCUUCCACCCUGGGUCGAAGACUUUCCAGUGAAGGAGGCGGUGGUGGUAAGCCAUUAUCAGCCUCAGAGGGAGUGGACGCCUUUCUCAUCAACGGCAGCGCCGUCGAGCUGAAGAGCGUCACCGCCAUCAGCAACGGCAGUAGCAGCCUUCAACGGCCGACAACGACGAAGACGGCGGGCGAAGAAGCUAAGCCGCUCUUUGAGAAGCGAGCGCUCUCCACCAAAGACGGCGUGGCGGCGGAGCUGAAGGAGUGCCCCGAGCUGGAGGCCUCCUACCUCUCCCAGCUGACCUACCACUGGUUCAACCGGCUGGCCAUUACCGGCUUCCGGAAAUCGCUCACCCUGGACGACCUGUGGCGCCUCAGCCCUGAGUUCAUGACCAGCUCCAUUGCGCCCAUCUUUGACGCCGCCUGGCUGCGGCAGAUCAAGAUGGUCCCGGUGCCGGUGCCGGUGGCGGUCACCGAGGGAGGCGGAAGUCCUCCUCAAGUACCACCACCACCUAAAGACGGCGACGAGGUGAUGUUCGUGCAGGCGGCGGGCAGCCGACCGGGCAUCGUCCGCUCGCUGAUGGCCGUCUUUGGGUGCUACUUCUUCAUGGGGGCGCUCUUCAAGGUGCUGCAGGACGUGCUCCAGUUUGCCAAUCCCCUCUUGCUAAAAGUCUUCAUCGGCUUCAUCGGCAAGCCGGUGGCCAGCGAACCGCUCUGGCACGGCCUCUUCAUCGCCCUCGGCUUCUUCGUCGUCAACUGCCUGCAGUCAGUGCUGCUCAACCAGUACUUCCACGUCAUGUUCAGCAUCGGAAUGCGCGUCCGCUCCUCGCUGAUCAGCGCCAUCUACCGGAAGGCGCUCAGCCUGAGCACCGACGCCCGCCGGGAGACCACGACCGGGGAGAUCGUCAACCUGAUGAGCGUCGACGCGCAGCGCUUCGUCGACCUGAUGCCCUUCGUCAAUCUGAUCUGGUCGUGUCCGCUGCAGAUCGCCCUCACGCUGUACUUUCUCUGGGCGGAGCUGGGGCCCUCGGUGCUGGCCGGCCUGACGGUGAUGGUGUGCAUGAUUCCGCUGAACGGCUGGAUCAGCGCCUACCAGCGGCGGCUGCAGAUUAAGCAGAUGAAGAAGAAGGACGAGCGGGUGAAGGUGGUCUCGGAGAUUCUCGGUGGCAUGCGCGUGAUCAAACUAUACGG